UCCCUCUCCCCCUCCCGCGGGGGUGUCUCACUUGUGCCGUUUAAUUCCCGGGACCCAAGAUGGAGGCUGCGCUGGGGCCUGGCGGGCUCCUGCUGCUCCUCCUCGUCCUGGCGCUGCUCGGCCCCGCGGCUCCGCAGUUCCUCAGCCAGGAGAACAUCAGAGUUAAUGUUACUAUGUUGAAAACCAGUGAGGAAUCUCAAGAAGCACAGGUUGUCUUUAAUAUCACCUACAAUAGUGGACAGAUAUAUGUAAAUGACUUUCCUAUGAAGAGAGGUGUUACCCGGAUUAAGUGUCAAACUUUAAUAUUGGAAACUAGAAACUCUGAUAACCUAUUGGAUCAAAGGCAUUGGGGAAUUGUCAGUGUUCGCAUCAUGUUUCGUGAGUGGCCCUUGGCAUCCAGAUCAAAUUUGCAGUUGAUUGUCAUUCAGGAAGAGGUGACAGAAAUCGAUGGGAGAGAGGUUCAGCAAGAGGAGGUUACUGAAAUAAACAUAUUAAUUAAGGGCCUGAGAGUACUUAGACAUUCAAACCAUACUGUUCCUCUGAAGGAAAGCAUGCUGUAUUCCAUCCCCAGGGACAAUGACAUGUUAUUUACACUUCCCAAUCUCUCAGGAAAAGUAGAUGUUCAAGGCCCACUGCAACCAACCAGUCACUACCUCCUCAGGCAAGUAGAAACUACAGUAGAUGAAGAGACAUUACCUGGCAAGUUACCAGAGACUCCUCUCAGGACAGAGCCUCCAUCAUCUUAUAAGGUGAUGUGCCAGUGGGUGGAAUACUUGAGAAAAGAGCUGUGCGGGUUCUGGCUUAAAUCUUUUCCUGUGUUCUUUAAGCUGAUGGAAGUCAUUGGGACUGGAGUUGUAGGAGCAGCUCUAGUUUUAGGAAUCUUAAAUGUGCUUUUCCCUUCCUGCGAACACAAAGGAGUCCUGCACCUGGAGGAUAUCAACACUACACGUGAGCUUGUGAUAAACAUCUCUUCAGAUAUUCCAGAGAAGACAGACAAUUUAGUGGAGAAAUGAUGUACUCAAUACCAUGUUCGCAUCUGAAUCUUUGUACAAAUUGUCAGUGGACCUGAAAUUUGGCACUUGAACUUUAAUACCUUAUUUGAUUCCUAUUCUGAAAAUAGUAUGUCAACUGAUUUAUGUUUAAAGGGAUACUUCAAGAUGGAGGCCUAAAAUGAUCUCCCCUCUUUCCACAGCCUCUCAUUAUGAGGGUUGUGACAGGUUUUAAAUUCUUUAAAAUACUCUCCCAGCAGCUAGGAUAGGGAGCUGGCCUUUGUAUUCACAGAUAAGGCAGUUAGGUAAUGAAAUACAGAAUGUGAUAAUCUUCAGUCAUCUCAAGCAUGGGCUAAAGGAAUAGAAGGAAGAGAUUACAGAUGUGCCUGUAAGUCAAAACAAAGCUGGUCAACCUGCUUUUAGACCUAUUACCCUUGACUGUGCCUUGUAAAAAAAAACAACAAAUGGUCUUACUAUUAAAAUAAGGAGUUACUAUAUAUGUAAAACAAGGUAUUAAGGCAAUUUUUGAUAUUUCAAGCACUUUAUUCAAUACACUUUCACAUUCAGCCCCUUCUCUACUGAAAAUUGUAAGCCACUUAUAGAUGACUUGUUUACCAUGCUUUUUGUAUAUCUUGUGUAAAGUUUUUCAGAAACAAGAACACAAAAUACCACAUGUCUUACAAGACAGUGGUUUACUAUCUUGAGUACAGGAGGCAUAGUUUCCCCACCAAUUAACAUGUAAAUUGUUUACUGUGUAUAUAAAAAUAUCCUGAAAGGAAAUCAAUCUGUAGAGAAGUGGCUGGCAAGAACACAUGACCUGAAGGAAAAAAAAAUCAGGCUGGAUUUUUAACUUUCCAUUUGUAUUCCCUACCUAGUAGGAAUAUUUAAAUAUUACAAGAAAGAACCGUACUAGAGAGUCAUGUGUAGUCUUGCUUUAAGAUUGAGGGCAGUGGGGCCUAGAAUAGUUGAUCUUUGGCCCUAAGUUUAAAAUUUAAAUUUUUAAAGUAAAAUUCCUGAAUGAUAAAUUGGCAUAUUUAUAAACAGGGGAAGUCAUAAUCCCAGUUUAGGAGAAUGGCCACUCUUAAUUUUAAAACAGGACUUCUAUAAAAAUCUAGGGCAUACACCCACUUGUACAUCUCCUGAAUAGUAAGCUGCUUUUAGAACACAGGCUUCCUUGACCAAGUUAAUCUGCCAGCAAUUGGUUUACAAUUUACUUUUUUUUAAAUAGAAAGUGUGCCAGAUAUGUUUUUAAUGCCCUUGGUCUCCACUUUCUAAAUACAAUUGCAACACUUGUAGGCUGAGUCGACUGCUGAGUCAGGGUUGCAGCAGUGCUGGCAAAAUAGUCCUGAUAUUAAUCAGCAUUGUACAGCAUAUCUAAGGAAAUGCUUUUCCCAAUGCAUCUUAAGUGAAGUCUUAGUUUACUUCAGUCAGACUUACAUUUAAUUUAUUAACUGUUACAAGUUUCAGGUUUUUGCACCUUAGUCUUGUCACAAUUUCUUCUAACAGAUGCAGGAACAUUUAAAGGGAAACAUUUGCUAAAGAUUAAUUGGAACCACAGUUUAGUGAAUCUUAUUCUUCCUGUGUUGAGAUUCACAGUAUCAGGCUCUAACAAGCACAAAGACGACCAGCUGCUGUGCUAGUGAAAGAGUUCAUAUGAGACCCCCGGUGAACAGAUCCCAGUAUUCAAUUCAAAUAAAACAAAAUGAAAACCAAAGAAGAUUUGAUUGACAUUAAUGUCUUAGAACAGGUCUCUAUCUACUUCCCUUUCAGAGUAAAUUCAAAUAAGAGGCAGAAGUGACAUGCAAUUUAAAAAAUUACUUUAUUCAGAAUCAUGUUGCUCUUAAGUUUAAGAAAGUUAAAAAAAAAUAGCAUUUAGUGCACAUGAACGCUACCUUUAAUUACUUCUGAAGCUGUUUUAAGAGAGGUUUCCUGGGGAAGUUUGGUUAGGAAGACUUAGCAUGAUCCAAAUUCAACAAUCCAUUUUUCAUAUUUCUCAAUGUCCGCAGCAGAUACCGAUUUAGAAACCUUUUUUAAAGCCAUUUCAAAAUCCUCCAUAGUUGUAGGCAUGUGCAUUUCAUCCCUGGAAAGAUUUCUGAUUUCUUCUGGUGUCAAGCCCUCAAUUCGUCUUCUCAUAGCCAUCAGUGAGGCAUCCCUAUAUGAUGAGAGGAAACAUUAAUAUGGACAUUUAGUUGCUUAAAAGGCUGCAAAGUUAGGCUUUAAAUUAAGUCACCACAUUCCAAUUGGGAGAACCAAAAAUUAACUUUCACUGUAACUUCUGUUCUAUCUUAGUACUAAUAUGGCCCCUGAUUACUGUGGUAUCUAAGCACUUCACAAUUUUUAAUGUAUUUAUCCUGAUCACACUCCUGUGAGGUAAGGAAGUCUCUUAUUCCAAUGGGGGAACUGAGAUAGAGGUAAAUGAUUGCCCAAGGUCACACAGGAAGUAUGUGGAGAAGGGAACUGAACCCACUUCUCCCAACUCCCAGACAAGUGGCUUAAUUACUGGAUCAUCCUUCCUCUGUGCAGCAGACUCUUUGAAACUGCACCCUUAGAACCAGAGAGCUUCAAUAACACCUACCUGCAGUACUACUGAAAGUACAUUUACCUUGUACCCGGUACAUUAUGCAGUAGUCAAAUUCUAGCUUGGAAUGUUGCUUUCAGCUAGCGAAAACCCCUGUGGUUGGCUGAAGAUAACGAAGGUCUGUUCUACAUUAGACAAUUAGGUCAAUUUAAUUAUGGCAGCCAGGGGUAUCAAAAAUCCACACCCUUGAAUUCUUCCAUCAAUUUAAACUACCAACUCUCAAUAAGUGUUUUUAAACUGUCCCUAUAAAUACCUCUUCCUGCUGUAUUAAAUGAUUAACUUGUUCAUAUUUCCUGUGUUAGGUAAGCAAAUAAAGUAACAGGUAGUGAACAUCUACAUACACAUACUUGGGAGGUGGGUUGGACAAAUGACUAAGAAGUCUGCAGUUCAGCUUGCACUGUUUUUGAAGUAAUUUAUUGAAAUCAAGUUCUGAAACCAUACAUUUUCAACCAAAAAAGAGAAGUUGAUACAUUUUCACAAGUAAACUAAAACUAGUAUUUCAUUUUACUACAGCUACUGGUUCAUCUUUUUCACUAGCAAAUAUAAAGGAUAGACCAGGCCACAUGGGAGGUGCUGAUAAAAUCAUGAUUUUGUCCACCCUGCGGAUGGAAAGAAGCCCAACAGACCAAUAGCAGCAAUUAAAGCCAUUGGCGGGAGGGGGCACAAGUGAAUGAUGUAACAAAGUUUUAUUUCAGAGCUCUCAAGGACUUGAACUAAACUACCUAAUAUUUUUUUCUUCUCUGUUCCUCCUCAAGUAAAGAGUACAUAUUACUCAGCACCAUAAAAAUGUUAAUAGGGUAGGCCUUGGGUGUCAAAAGAGACAGCUAGAUACACUGCUGACUAUUUAUAAAAACUUACUCUUUAUACCAUAGUACUGAUAAUGCUUUAACUGGCUGCGAAUGAGACAAAGUCCUAAAAACCAGAUCUUCUCAUUCCCUCUAUGUUUCCAAGAUCAGUUGCUGCAACAAUAGCACCACGGGGCAGGGAGUUCUCUUUUAAGGCACUACUGGGAGCUUUAACUAUAUGACACUUUAGCAAGGGUCUGGCACUUGCUUUCCACUGUAGAAGCUUCUUUAACUUACUCUCCCCCAUGAACAUUAAAACAAAGUCUGGAGAUUUGUCUAUAUUGUGCAGGGAAAAAGAAAGCAAGAGACCCAAAAUUCAAGCAAAUUUAGGAUGAUACCCCAAACUGAUUCACAGGCCCAGAAAAUCUAAAAGCUCAAAAUCCUAGAGGAGAGAGAUCUUGAGAUUGAUAUCAUAGGAAAUAAAAUCCCUGCUCUGCUGAGUCUGCAUAGCAUCUUCUGAUGUGUGUAAAACACUAAGCUUACUAAAAAAGGUAAAUCUCUCUCUUAGGGAAUCCUACUUCUCAAAUUAAUGCAUUUAAUUAAAGAAACAUUUAAUGUGAUUGAAGAUUUUAUUUAAGGGACCCUUACACAUCUACCAUAUUUCUGAAGAAGCUUCAGGGAACAAAGUAAGGAUUUUUCUGGUUUGGAAUAGGUCCUUUGCAUAGACACAUUUAACAAUUGAUAAAUGUUGAAAUGAACCACCUGGUGAAGAUGUAACUGACUGAUGUGCUUUCAUUUCUCAUUUCAAUUUGCAAUUCUCCUUGGAACAGCACCAGGAAGUUAUCCAUUUUCUGGCAAACAACUUGUCUCCCUUAAUAUCUGUCUAAAACACCUCUUCCUCCUGCAUCCUCCUCCUCUCCCCAUCAAAAAAUUGUUCACUCCCUUCCAUUCUCUCCUGUUUCUUUUCUUAUGUAACUGGAUGUUCCAGUUUUCCCAAUAUGACAAUAAAACUGAUAUUUAAACCA